GAAGGGCGCCCACAGGCCCGGAACGCACGGCGCGGUGCCUCCUCCUCCCGCCCGGCGCCAUAAAGCGCGGACGCGCUCAGCACUUGCGCUUUGCCGGUUGUGGGGUGUCGUUGUGCGAAGAUGGCGGCUUUUUCGGAGAUGGGUGUUAUGCCUGAGAUAGCUCAAGCAGUGGAGGAGAUGGACUGGCUUCUUCCUACGGAUAUCCAGGCAGAAUCCAUCCCACUGAUCUUGGGAGGUGGUGAUGUACUUAUGGCUGCUGAAACAGGGAGUGGAAAAACUGGUGCUUUUAGCAUUCCAGUUAUCCAGAUUGUUUAUGAAACACUGAAGGACCAGAUGGAAGGCAAGAAAGGGAAAGCAACUAUUAAAACCGGUGGGGCAGUGCUCAAUAAAUGGCAAAUGAACCCAUAUGAUAGAGGAUCAGCUUUUGCGAUCGGAUCAGAUGGUCUGUGUUGUCAAAGCAGAGAGGUAAAAGAAUGGCAUGGAUGCAGAGCAACUAGAGGUGUGACUAAAGGGAAGUACUACUAUGAGGUUUCCUGUCAUGACCAAGGCUUGUGCAGAGUUGGCUGGUCAACUAUGCAGGCUUCACUUGAUUUGGGCACUGAUAAAUUUGGCUUUGGCUUUGGUGGCACUGGUAAGAAAUCUCACAACAAGCAAUUUGACAGCUAUGGUGAGGAAUUCACUAUGCAUGAUACAAUUGGAUGUUUUCUAGACAUAGAUAAAGGACAAAUAAAAUUUUCCAAAAAUGGGAAGGACCUUGGCCUUGCAUUUGAAAUCCCACCACAUAUAAGGAACCAAGCACUUUUUGCAGCCUGUGUACUGAAGAAUGCUGAAUUGAAAUUCAAUUUUGGUGAAGAAGAUUUCAAGUUUCCACCAAAAGAUGGCUAUAUUGGUCUCUGCAAAGCUCCAGAUGGUAAUGUUGUAAAGUCACAACACUCAGGAAAUGCACAGGUGGUUCAAACACAGAACCUUCCAAAUGCUCCAAAAGCAUUGAUUGUAGAACCAUCAAGAGAGCUGGCAGAACAAACUUUGAACAAUGUGAAGCAGUUCAAAAAAUAUGUUGAUAAUCCCAAAUUAAGGGAACUGUUGAUUAUUGGUGGGGUUGCUGCAAGAGAUCAACUCUCUGUGCUGGAACAAGGAGUGGAUAUUGUCGUUGGAACUCCUGGAAGACUAGAUGACUUGGUCUCAACGGGAAAGCUUAAUUUAUCUCAAGUUAGAUUCCUGGUUCUGGAUGAAGCUGAUGGCCUUCUCCUCCAAGGUUAUUCAGAUUUCAUAAACAGGAUCCACAGUCAAAUUCCUCAGAUAACUUCAGAUGGAAAGAGACUUCAGGUGAUUGUGUGCUCUGCCACACUACAUUCUUUUGAUGUGAAAAAACUAUCUGAAAAAAUUAUGCAUUUUCCCACCUGGGUUGAUUUGAAAGGAGAAGAUUCUGUCCCUGAAACUGUACACCACGUAGUUGUGCCUGUAAAUCCAAAAUCUGACAAACUCUGGGAAAGACUUGGCAAGAAUCAUAUCAGAACUGAUGAAGUACAUGCAAAAGACAAUACACGACCCGGUGCUAACACUCCAGAAAUGUGGUCUGAAGCUAUUAAAAUUCUAAAAGGAGAAUACACUGUUCGGGCAAUUAAAGAACACAAGAUGGACCAAGCCAUUAUUUUCUGCAGGACUAAAAUAGAUUGUGAUAAUAUGGAGCAGUACUUUAUCCAACAGGGUGGAGGCCCUGAUAGGAAGGGACAUCAGUUCUCAUGUGUCUGUCUGCAUGGUGACAGAAAACCUCAAGAAAGAAAGCAAAACCUGGAAAGAUUUAAGAGAGGAGAUGUCCGUUUCUUGAUCUGCACAGAUGUUGCUGCUAGAGGAAUUGAUAUUCAUGGUGUUCCGUAUGUUAUCAACGUCACACUCCCUGAUGAAAAACAGAACUAUGUUCAUCGAAUUGGGAGAGUAGGCAGAGCUGAGAGGAUGGGUUUGGCAAUCUCCCUUGUGGCAAAAGAGAAAGAAAAGGUUUGGUAUCAUGUAUGCAGUAGUCGUGGAAAAGGGUGUUAUAAUACUAGACUGAAGGAAGAAGGAGGUUGUACCAUAUGGUACAAUGAGAUGCAGUUGCUGGGGGAGAUUGAAGAACACUUGAACUGCACUAUUGCCCAAGUUGAACCAGACAUAAAAGUACCAGUAGAUGAUUUUGAUGGGAAAGUUACAUAUGGGCAGAAAAGAGCUCUGGGUGGUGGACUGUAUAAAGGCCAUGUGGAUAUUCUGGCACCCACAGUACAAGAGUUGGCUGCCCUUGAAAAGGAGGCUCAGACAUCUUUCUUGCAUCUUGGCUAUCUUCCUAACCAGCUGUUCAGAACAUUCUGAUGUGCCACACUUGAGACAAGGCUUGAGUUAAUAAAUGUUCUGCCCUGCAAAUACAAAAAUCCCAUCCUGUCUGUGAGUAGCAGUAGUCAGAAAAGGAUUAAAAUUAAAUGUACUUCUUGCAUGAUGACCAGUGUGUUCAGCAUUGUUAACGCUGUGUUAGCUGUUGUCUUGAUAAAAUAAAACAGGUCAAAGAUCAAGUAGCUUCUUUAUCUCUCCUUUUGCUCUUUUGCCUUGCCUUGAGGACUAAUUUGCAGACUCAUUCUUUGCAUUGCUUUUUGAUUUACUGAAAAUACAAGUAUAGUUAAACAAAUUUGCAAGAAGAAUAGUUUAAUUCUUUGCAAGUAUAUAUGUUGAAAUUACUUAACCACCUGUGUACUGCUAUUUUUAAUGCAGGGCUUUUUAUAGGUGCAUCUAUAUUUAGACAGCUGUUAAAAAUAUUGAAGGGGGGAAAAAAAUACCAACCUCACAACUUCCCGAAGUAUGUAUUUGAAGCUCUCGGUUAUCCUAAAAUCCGAAAUCUAGGUUGAUAACUGCACUUUGCUUCUGUAGUACUAGUUCUCAAAGUGAAUGUGUUUUAAAUUUCUAAAAUGGAUCUUGUACAAAGAGUUCUACAAUACUGAGUUCAUAGGAAAGUAACAUACUAGUAUCAAACCAGUUCAUAUAUCUUCAGGAAAAGCUUUUUCAUUAAGCAGGAAAAGUUGAAGUACUUAAUGUCUCUUGUGCUGCCUUUGGACAGGUUGAAUUUGUUCACAUGUAGUUACUGUAGUCUGAUUUGGAUUCUUUUUUUUUUUUUUUAAGCUUGGUUUUUCUCUAAUGACUCCUCUAAUGGUACACAGAAAUUUCAGUGACUGCCUGCAGAUUGUCACCUAAAAUACCAAGUCAUUGGGAAUGCCUGACAACUCAGAAUGAACGUAACUUUUUGCCUUAUCAUGAAGACUUCCUAGUCACAAAACAUUCAGUCCCCUUGCAGAAAAUAGUAAAGGCCAGAUGAAACUCAGGUUGAGCAAUGAAACAGAUUUUAUUUUUUUUUGUGUUACCUGGAGAGGGCAGACUGAGAGUUCUAGCUAUUCUAAUAAAAUAAUAAAUUUCUCAUUAAUUUAAACACAUUUAAAUAUUAAA